AUGUCUGGCAGCCAGCACCGCAUCAACUCACACCACAUCCAGCAUGUCCAACAAGCCCUCCUCGACCCUGCCGCGUCGCACCGCAUAUACGACAACCAGAAAGCCGGAGCCUUGAAUGGCGGCUCACCCGCCAUCAUGGACGGCUCCCCGUUCCCUGACUUUGCCUUUUCCUUCGGCAGCUUAUCCGACCAAGGCCCCAUGGCGGGCAUGCCCGAAGCUGGCUUUGGUAACCCCUCAAACUCGGAUUUCGCCCAUAUCCAUGGACUUGGCAGCACCGUGUCUCCCGCCCGACAUCCACUGGCUGCCCUGCCCAGCAUGCCUGCGUCGUCGUUUGCCCCCGAACAGAGUGAUGGCAGUGCCAGCUUGGAGAUGGCCGAGGAUGCCAUGCGUGAUGGGACGUCCCCGGCGGACCAUGCGUUCGAGGACACCGGCACCGAUGAAUUUGGACUGCCGGGGCACCCUCGGGCUGAUGGCACAGAUCUUGGGACCAAGAACAAGGAUGACAAGGCAGGACAUCAGCCAGCCUGGAGCGAGCUCAAAACGAAAGCUGGCAAGGAUCGCAAGCGACUUCCCCUCGCCUGCAUUGCCUGUCGACGCAAGAAAAUCCGCUGCUCUGGAGAAAAGCCUGCCUGCAAGCAUUGCCUCAGAUCACGGAUUCCCUGCGUCUACAAGGUCACAACCCGAAAAGCGGCACCACGGACAGACUACAUGGCCAUGCUGGACAAACGGCUGAAGCGCAUGGAGGACCGUAUCAUUAAAAUUAUUCCCAAGCCCGACCAGGACGCAGUAUGCGCCGUUGCUCGAGCGGUUGUUAGACCGGCAAUGCCUGGCACGAGCCAAGGAAACAAAUGUCCGUCUAAAAAGCGUGGUGUCGACGGAGCCUUUGGUGCCGACCUGGAGGCGUGGGCAAAAGGACCACCUACCAAAGUCAAGGCCAGCUGCGAUGGGGUCUGCGAUGGGCCCGACGAUGCGUCAUUGUCCCCAGACGACGGCGAGCCUGACGAGAACUUAUUGUUUCAGGAGGGCACUGAUGCUCUUCCAUCGAAAGAGGUUCAAGAACAUCUGGCGGAGAUUUUUUUUGACAAUGUCUACGGCCAAGCAUAUCACCUGCUCCACAAACCAAGCUUUAUGCGCAAGUUGAAGAACAACACUCUUCCCCCUGUACUGAUUCUCUCCGUCUGCGCUGUGGCCGCACGUUUUGCGCCACAGUACAAUAUUCGCCCCGACCCGAGACCCUUUCUGCGGGGUGAGGAGUGGGCAUCAUGUGCCCGAGAUAUCUGCACGAGGCGGUAUGAAUGGCCAAACAUGACCAUCUUAACCUGCCUCAUCAUCUUGGGCCUGCACGAGUUUGGAACGUGCCACGGCGGGCGCAGCUGGGCAUUGGGAGGGCAAGCAAUCCGCAUGGCGUUCGCUCUCCAGCUUCACAAGGACUUGGAAUUCGAUCCAUCCAGGCGGGGAAAUAAGACUCCGCUGAGCUUUAUUGACCGCGAAAUCCGACGACGCAUCAUGUGGGCAUGCUUCCUGAUGGAUCGUUUCAACUCUUCCGGCUCUGAUCGGCCAAUGUUCAUCAAAGAAGAGUGCAUUAGGAUCCAACUCCCCGUCAAGGAAAGCUAUUUCCAGCUAGAUAUGCCGGCCGAAACUGAGCUUCUCGACGGCUCGCGGCCUCCUUCCGGUUCUCCAGAUGGCAAGCCAAUAGCCCAGGCCGGGGAACACAUGGGCGUUGCGGCGUACACAAUCCGCGCUGUUGCCAUCUGGGGUCGUAUCGUUUCAUACCUGCACCAGGGCGGCAAAGAGAUGGACUCACACCCCCUGUGGAGCGAUAUGUCAGAUUAUACGCGUCUUGUCCAGCACGUAGACAAACUGCAGCGUACGCUUCCUGAUUCCCUGCAGUAUUCCAUGGACAACCUGGGCCUGCACACGACCGAGAAAACGGCCAGCCAGUUUCUUCUGAUGCACCUGACAAUCCAGCACAACAUCUUAAUCCUCUACAAGGCGGCUAAUGCGUGGCAAAAUUCCGGCGCGAGGGGAACCGACGCACCCCUCGAGUUUUUGGCACAAGCCAGUGCCAAGACAGUUGCCGCCGCGAAUCGGAUAUCCGAGAUACUACGGGAUGCCGAACAUGCAAAAUGCAACGUGACGGCUCCAUUCGCAGGCUACUGUGCUUUCUCUGCGACCAGCAUUCACAUUCCUAGAAUAUUCUCUGGCAAUCCAGAAGUCAAGGCGACUGCCGAGGUCAAUGCCGGCAUCAACAUCAAGUUCCUACGAAAGACGAUGCGAUAUUGGGGCACGUUUCACUGGCUGGUGGAAAACAUCCGAAGUCAGUACAGGAAUGCCUUGGAGGCAUCCCGAUGCGGGAGGCUUGGCGCACAAGGACCUGCGGCAUGGUCGGUAUUGCAGUAUUCGGACUGGUUCGACCGAUACCCUCAUGGGGUCAGUGAUUUCGAUGUCGUGGAACCUACCUCUCAGCGAAAUAGAGACAAGGGCGAAGACGCUGUGUUGGAGCAGAAACCGGAGCUGCAUUCUGUCGAAGACUUCUUCACCAGUCUAGCUUCCCCAUCCACUCCGGACGGCAAGGCUGCUUCUCAGGGUCCGGCCGCUAUCAAGCGCAAGCAGCCUUCGAAGAACACGAGCGACCUGCUCAUCACUCGUCAAGAUAGCAGCCAGUCCGGUGAAUCGGCAAUGGGACAACGCUCUGGUGGUCUGCUGAGAAUUCAGACACCCGUCUCUGGCUCGCAGCACGCGCCAGUAUCUCUAGGUGGCCAAACGAGCGGAUCCGGUGUGACGGGAUUCAGUUCCGCUGGACUGUCUCAGGCGCAGGCGCAACAAGCAUACACGGCAAUGUCUCCAAUGAGCCCGGUCCAAGUAGCUUCGUUCCCGCGGCAAGGCUGCGGCCAAUCUCCGUACUUCUCAUCGGAUAUUUUGCAGAUGCACAGCAUUGGACAACCCCCCAACGACAGGCCACAGAACCUGGACGGGCAGGUCUCUUAUGGAUACACACUGUCUCCCGGUAACCAGAACGUGAUGGAUGGCAGCACGCCAAACUGGCACGCCAAGGGCCAACCCAAAAUGCCCAACCCGGAUCAGCGUGUCUUGAAGAUGGAAAGUGGACAGGAUCAACCACAGCAACCUCACAACCAAGGUCAAAUUGGUGCUGCCGGGCUCGAUGCAUUCACAGGCAGUGACCUGCCGGAUGGCUGGUUUAUGCCUUUUGUUGGUACGGAGCCGUCUGAGUUACAAAGUGUAAAUCCUUCUGGCCCGGGAGGAGAAACCGGAUGUGGCGUAGAUUCAUUCGGCUCCAUGUUUGGAGCCAACGCUAUGACGAUGCCUCAUGCCAUGGAUGGCUUGCGGCACACACUGUAG